AUGGGAACUCUUCUCGGAACUCUCUCUCCUUUCUUAUUUGGUUGGAGCCAUCGCUUGCAGCAGCAGCAGCAGAAAGAGGCAGCAGGAAUCAAGGUGAUUGAUCAUUUUGAACAAGCGAUGUUCAGCCUGUUUGCGCUGAUGUGCUUUGGAAAGAAGCUUGAUGAGCAUCAUAUCAUUGACAUUAUUAGCAAAUUGCGUCGUAGGCUGUUAAUAACCCAACCCGGGAGUUUGAGAGUUAACAUACUCUGUAUUUUUCCAAGGUUGGGGAAGAUAUUAUUGAUAUAUAAAUGGAAAGAGUUGUUGCAAACGCAGAAAGAUGUAGCACAACUGUUGCUUCCCCUGAUUAAUUCUGACUCUCGAACUGAACCAGAACGCUUAGUAGGAGAGAAUGAAAUUGUGACGUACGUUGACACGCUGCUGAAUCUACAGCUUCCUGGUCGGAAACUAGAGGCAAACAAUGGAAAUGGUGGAAAGCUGACCGAUAAGGAGAUGGUUAGCAUGUGUAGCGAGUUCCUUAACACCGGCACGGACACCACCUAUAUUGCUCUACAAUGGAUCAUGGCCAAUCUUGUUAAGUAUCCUCACAUUCAGAGGAAGCUUUAUGAUGAAAUCAUCUCAGUGGUUGGACCCCCACCUCCACCGCCACCACCAGGGGUGGAACUGGAAUCAUUUAUAAGAGAAGACGAUCUACAGAAUAUGUCAUAUCUGAAAGCGGUAGUUUUGGAAGGGCUGAGGAGACAUUCACCAGCGCCUUUCGUGCUGCCCCAUAGGGCCAAAGAGGAAGUACAGCUGCAAGGAUUUAAUUACUAUUCCACGUGGUGCCACUGUUAA